CUGCUCAGAGGCACCCUGUGAUUGCUGAGUGAGGCUGAGGCAUAAGAAGCAUACCUCCACUUGCUGCACCCCUUUCAGAGCCUUUUAAAAAUGGAGCCAGGGAAAGCGGAAUCAGGGUUCCUUAUGGAUCUGAAUAGUGCCAGCAGCGUUGUGCUUCACUUCCUGACGCAAGCAAGCAGCCAAGAUUCAUCAGUACUGAAACCAGCCGAGGAGCAGCUCAAGCAGUGGGAGACACAGCCUGGCUUCUACACUGUACUGCUGAAUAUUUUCACAAAUCAUUCCUUGGAUAUAAAUGUAAGGUGGCUGGCUGUCCUGUAUUUUAAGAAUGGGAUUGAUCGCUACUGGAGGAGGGUGGCCCCAAAUGCACUUUCCGAUGGGGAGAAAGCGACACUGCGUGCGGGGCUCAUCACCAACUUCAAUGAGCCAGUAAAUCAGAUUGCUACUCAAAUUGCUGUACUGAUCGCUAAAGUUGCAAGGCUUGAUUGUCCAAAGCAAUGGCCAGAGCUUAUCCCUACCCUGAUUGAUUCAGUAAAGGUUCAAGAUGACCUCCGCCAGCAUAGAGCAUUACUUACUUUUUAUCAUGUGACCAAGACUUUGUCUUCUAAAAGACUUGCUGCAGACAGAAAACUCUUUCAAGAUCUAGCCUCGGAGAUCUACAGUUUUGCCUGCUGCCUGUGGAAUCACCAUGCUGACAUGUUCCUGCAGCAGAUCUGCGCUGGAGGGGAGCCAGCCGCUGUUAGUUCGCUUGAGAGAGCCUUAUUGUCACUAAAAGUUCUGCGUAAACUGACUGUACAUGGUUAUGUGGAUCCUCUCCAGAACGUGGAACCUAUGGGCUUCCUUCAUGCAGUAUUUGACCGUUUGAGACAGUUUUUAGAAUGCAGUAGAGGUAUUGGAGCUGAACAUGUAUGCAGGGAGAGGAUGGAAAAGAUUAUCAUAUUAUUUACUAAAGUGCUCUUAGACUUUCUAGACCAGCACCCAUUUGCAUUCAUUCCGCUAAUUCAGAGAGCGCUGGAGUUUGCAGUGAGCUACGUCUUCACGGAAGCCGGGGACGGAAUUGUCUUUGAACGUUUCAUAGUUCAUUGCAUGAGGCUCAUUAAGAUGAUUGUAAAGAACGAUUCCUUUAAACCAUCCAAAAACUUUGAAGACAGCAAGACAGAAACCAUUAACGCUCACCAAAUAAAAAUGUCAUUCUUCACUUACCCUACACUGACGGAAAUAUGUCGCAGACUGGUUACCCAUUAUUUCCUCCUGGGUGAGGAAGAGCGUAUAUUGUGGGAUGCAGAUCCAGAAGGUUUUGCUGUGGAGGAAAGCGGCGGUGACUCCUGGAAGUACAGUCUGAGGCCCUGUUCUGAAGUGCUGUUCAUUGACAUAUUUCAUGAGUACAGCCAGACUCUCACACCUGUGCUCUUAGACAUGGUUCACACCCUGCAAGGUCCAACUCCACUGGAAGACUUAAAUGCUUUACUCAUUAAAGAAACUGUGUACAAUGCUGUAGGACUGGCUGCUUUCGAAUUGUUUGAUAGUGUGGACUUUGAUGAGUGGUUUAAAAGUCAGCUGCUGGGAGAGCUGCAAAUUACCCAUGAAAGGUAUAAGUUAUUACGUCGUAGAGUCAUUUGGCUAAUUGGACAGUGGGUUUCAGUGAAGUUUAAAGCUGAUUUGAGGCCACCUCUGUAUGAAGUAAUUCUCAGUUUGCUACAGGACCAAGACUUAGUUGUCCGUAUUGAGACAGCGACAACCUUAAAGUUGGCAGUUGAUGACUUUGAAUUCAGGAUUGAUCAGUUUUUGCCGUAUCUGGAGUCCACCUUCAGUAUGCUUUUCCAUCUGCUUCAGCAAGUGACAGAAUGUGACACAAAGAUGCAGGUGCUGCACGUCCUGUCCUGUGUCAUAGAGAGGGUGAACAUGCAGAUCCGGCCUUUCAUUGGCAGUCUUGUCCAGUACUUACCUCUGCUCUGGAAACAAAGCGAAGAUCACAAUAUGCUAAGAUGUGCAAUUCUGACAACAUUAAUUCAUCUGGUUAAGGGCUUAGGUGGAGACAGUCAGAAUGUUUAUCCAUUCCUGCUUCCCGUAAUUCAGCUGAGUACAGACGUAUCACAGCCACCACACAUAUACCUUCUCGAAGAUGGUCUAGAAUUAUGGGUAGUGACAUUGGAAAACUGUAUAUCCGUUACUCCAGAACUGCUUCGGAUUUUUCAGAACAUGUCUGCUCUACUAGAACUAAAUUCAGAAAACCUCCGCAUCUGCUUCAAGAUUAUCAACGCGUACAUCUUCUCCGCUUCCCCGGAGUUUCUACAGAUAUAUGGAUCCAGUCUUUGCCUGUCUUUUCUGGAGGUCCUUAAAGAUAUAACCAUGGAAGGUCAGGUUCAAGUGCUCAAGGUUGUGGAAAAUGUCCUCAUGGUGAAUCCAGAUGUCGGCCCACAGAUAUUUCAUGCUCUUCUGCCACCAGUCUUCAGAGGCAUAAUUGAGGGGGAAAGAUAUCCGGUUGUUAUGUCUACAUACCUUGGUGUCCUCGGACGUGUCCUUUUACAAAACAAGGGCUGCUUUUCAUCUCUAUUAAAUCAGAUGUCACAGGAAUGUAAUGAAGAGCCUGAUCAAAUUCUUGGGAAUGUGAUUGAAAUGUGGGUCGAUCGGAUGGACAACAUUACACAGCCUGAGAGGAGAAAACUGUCUGCCCUUGCUAUGAUUUCUUUGAUGCCCUCAGUGAACAGUGUCAUCCAAGAUAAAUUCUGUGGAAUCAUUAACAUAUGUGUGGAAAGUCUUCACGAUGUAAUGACAGAAGAUCCCGAGACAAAUACGUACAAAGAUUGCCUGGUAAUGUCAGAUAUUGAGCCCCUUGAAGCCCAAGUGAAUGAAAAUAAUGAACCUCCUACAGAAGAAGACAAGAGGAAAAGAAUGAUUGCUCUGAGAGACCCAGUCCAUGCGGUGUCACUACAGCAUUUUGUCUAUGAAAAGCUGAAAGCACAGCAGGAAUUACUGGGAGAUGAAGGAUUCCGAUCGCUAAUGGAAACUGUAGAUACAGAAAUAGUAAAACAGCUCCAAGAAUUUUUACAGGGCUUCUAAAAUUAUGCACACCAAAUUUGUUACAGAAUUAUUAAAAAUCUUAUUUCCUUAAAUAAAAAUAAUAUUAUGCAAGCAA